AUGGAGCUUCAGAGCAAACGCUCACACUCAGCUUUAGGCGCGUGCCAAGAAGGGCUGCCACUGAAGCGCAGAGUUCUCAACUUAGCGCCCUCCCCGGUUAGCAUGUCAAGCCGCACCAACAUCCCGCGAUCCUCGUUCCUACUGUCGAAAAAUUCAACGAGUGAGGAAGACAAUGAGGCUUACGACAGCGAUUUUUCCAAAAAGCCCGCUGUCCAUUUUAAGACUGCUCCAACCGUCGACUCUACACUAAUAGAUGCGGUAUCUAAAUACUCCGAGAGCGAGAAAGAAGCGCCAGAAGAUGUUGGAAGGGCUAACGCCGGAGCUGCCACGGACCCUCAUGAGGGUUUGGAUAGCAGUUACCUGCUCGAAAGACGUCGGUCGCUCUCUAGGCACCCUUCUUUUUCGUCAAGCAGCCGCAAGCAAACCGUGCCAAGAUCAGAUUCUGUCGCACAAGAGAGGUGUUUCGACUACCUUUUGCAAUCUAUUGACGAAGUUUGGGCCCGUUAUUGUAAUACAACAGCAACCGCUGAGGCAAAAGUAUACGACAAUUUGAGUAAACCCCAACGUGCUCUUGACCCAUACACAGAGUCCCACGAUGAUUCGUUUGCUCGUAAGUCUUCAACUCCCGUUACACCACGCUAUCAACGGGUUCUAUCUUUUGCGUCCGUUAACAAUUUCUCCGACGAAGAUAGCGAUGAUACAAGCGGGUACAAGUCAGAGAUCACCAAUCCAACAGAAUAUGAAACUGAUUGUGACUACCGCAAGAUUUCAAACCUUCCAGAUUCUAUUCGUUUGCAAUCGCUCAAGGAUAGGCUGUGCCGCGCAAAAAACGACCUAGAGGACUUGCACGACUCGAACUCAUUUGACGAUUGUGUAAGGUUUUGGCGACGUUGGGAUAUGAUCAAAUACAGCGCUGUUGAGAUGAUGGAGGAAGAUGAUGACGAUGACAUUAUCGAAUCUGUCAUUGAAGAACUUGAAAGGGGCCGCUGCAUUGUAAAUUGA